AUGGCACCUCCAGUCAGAAUCUCCACCAAUAACCUACCCUUCAAACCAUCGUCCUUUAAUCUUGCGCGAAUACGAACCUACGUCUUCCGACUGCCCUUGUUCACCCGCCUUAUUCUAUUUGCAAUCAUUGCCUUUUGGAUUCUAGAACUUCAGACAGUCUGGAGUGUGAUACAAUGGGGAUCAUUGAUACCAAAAGAAGUAGGGCUGAGCAGCAUGUACCGGCUCAACACAUACCCCUUGAUUCAUCUCGGCUUCUUUCACAUGCUUAUGGACACACUGUGUCUUAUUCCUCUAUUGGAAAGAUUUGAGGCGGAAUGGGGCACAUUGAACAGCGCUGCAUUAUUCAUGGGCCCACUGGGUCAGAUCCCUGCCGCCUUGUAUUUGCUUUUGGACUAUGUUGUUUUAAGAGACAAUACUCCCGUCCUGGGAGCCAGUAUAUGGGUCUUCCUGCUCCUCGCCUCCGAGUCAAUCAAGACAUACCGGGCCAAUCCCUAUCUCGAAAUUGCUGGACAAAAGAUCCCUACCUGGAUAACUCCACUCGCCUUGCUUCUGGUGAUCUGGGUUUUGAUUCCGAAUACAUCCUUCCUAGGCCACCUCAGCGGCGCCAUUGCCGGAUACCUGUGGGGACUGGGAUAUAUCAGGUUUCUGGCUCCACCAGAAAAAGUCUUGAGGUGGAUAGAGGGCAAGCUGAACCUGCUGGGACGACUUCCUCAUUAUGUCUCUGUGGAUCAGAAGACAUACGGCCGCUACGGAGUUCUGCCAUCGAGCUCGACGAGCGGCCCCGGUGAACACUUGAGCCCCAUUGGGCUGGGAUGGAUGGGCAAUGGGUCAGGGUCAGGUCAAAGACUUGAAAAUGCCCUGACCAAACUCCGCAGGGACGACCCCCAACUCCUUCGAAUCCCGCCUUACCUGUCUCUGCUCGCUGUAAUAGGCGGCGUUAUCUGGAUUCUUUUGCUCCCAUUGCAAGAGUAUUCCCGCCGGACAUAUAUCUCGGAAAAUGCACUCCUUCCGGGACAGGUACAUACUUAUUUCGGUGGAAGCGAGCAACAUAUCUUUCGAGCUUACAAGCAUGAAUUGUCGACUGUGUUCGAAGCACCUCACAGCAAUGGAACAUCAUCCCCUCAGGAAACACGCCUCGUCCAAGACUCCAAAUCAGCCAAGAUUCAACAAUUGUUCCAAAGUGCUGGCUUGAAGACGGCCCGACAACGGUACUCGUAUACUUCCUCCGGCAACACAUAUGAAGGGGAGAAUGUCCACGCGAUCCUGCAUGCUCCACGAGGGGAUGGGACUGAAGCAAUUGUUCUAUUAGCGGCGAUGAGCAACAUUGACGGGGCCAAGAACAUCAACGGCGUAACGUUACUGAUCUCGUUGGCACGUUACUUCAAGAGGUGGUCGCUUUGGUCGAAAGAUAUCAUCUUCUUGGUUACUCCAGACUCGACGACUGGCCCGCAGGCUUGGAUGGACGCAUAUCACUCCACGCACGAUCCCACACAUGUCCAGGCCAUUUCUUUGAAAUCUGGCGCCAUACAAGGCGUGAUUUGUAUUGACUACCCGUUUGAACAUCGCUUCGAGGACUUCCACAUUGCGUAUGAUGGCAUCAACGGGGCGCUUCCAAACCUCGAUCUUUUCAACACUGCCGUCACAAUUGCCUCCGGCCAAAUGGGAAUCGGCGCCUCGAUCCAGUUUCAACAUGAAUACACUCAGAAGGAGAACCAAGCAUCCUACCCCGCUCGCCUGCAUACCCUGGUGAAGGGCAUGUCGUCUCAAGCACUGGGCCAUGCCACAGGCCCGCAUUCAAGCUUCAUGAGCUAUCAUAUUGACGCAAUCACUCUUACUGCCAUUGGAAAUGGAUGGCAAGAUGAAAUGGCGUUUGGGAGGACGGUUGAAAGCAUUUGUCGGAGUUUGAACAAUCUCCUGGAAAAGCUACAUCAAAGCUUCUUCUUCUAUCUCCUGAUGCAGACCAACCGCUUCGUGAGCAUCGGCACUUAUCUUCCUAGUGCCAUGGCGAUUGCAGCAUCCUACACUAUCAUGGCAAUCCACCUCUGGGUCGUGAGUGGCUAUAAAAAAGUUCCACGGCCGAUCGCUGCCCCCGGUACCGUCGCCAAAAAAGAGCAGACUCUACUUAAAGAGGCUUCAGAUUCAGAUGCAAAAAAUGCUCCCAAGAGUUCUCCCACACCUGAACCCGUCGAUCGAAAACUGAUGCUGCCCAUCACACUUGUCACGGCGGUCCAACUUGGAUCACUGAUACCACUCUACCUCCUAACCACACUCGGUGUGUCCUCGUUGCCAAUCACAUUUACGAUCCUCUCAUUGUGUACUCUUGUUCUUCCUGCUAUUCUCGCGUCGAUCAUCACAAGCACCCCCUCGAAUUCUCCGACGGUGGAAGAGUUCACUCUGAUCAAAUCAUUGAGCCUCCUUGUUCUUGGUCUGUCACUAACGGUACUGGCCACGCUGAACUUCAGCCUGAGUAUGGUACUGGGACUCAUCUGCAUACCACUGGCGUUUGUUGAUAGGACGCCAAAUAGACCACGACUUGCAACGCUGCAGUAUCUCGUACUCGUCAUCCUCAGCCCCGCAGGCGUGGCUGCGGGACUUUUGGGAUAUGCACAUGUUGCUUUGGGAAAGGAUGGGCUAUUAUUGGAAUGGCUUGCGCGAUUUGCCUUUGGCUUCAAUAUCUGGGGCAGCUGGGGUGUCCCCGUUGGAGUCUUGUGCAUUUGGCUACCAGCCUGGGUGAUCAACCUGACUGUUGUUGCCAGUACAUGGUUUUCAUAG